UUGUUGCUUUUCCCAUAUUCUCCAAAAUCCAAAACAACUAUUUUACAUAAUCCAUCACUUUCAUUUUCAUUGUUGUUUUUACCGUAAAAACUUUUAUCUUAAUAAAUUUCAUCUAAUCAUGCCAAUAUUUACGGGAUCUUCCGAUUCUGAAGACGAAAGAACGAUCCAUAAAACAACUAAGCUCUUCACUCGUCAACGAUCGAUUCACUCUAUAUUUGGAGGUGGUAAAGUUGCUGAUAUUUUAUUAUGGAGAGAGCCGAAAACAGCAGCAACAUUGGUGAUAGGAGUGAGCCUCUUAUGGUUCUUAAUGGAAGUAGUGGGAUACAAUUUCAUAACCCUAAUUUGUCAUGCUUCCAUGACCUCCAUGCUUCUUUUCUUCAUUUGGUCCACUGCUUCUGAUUUUCUCAACUGGGAAAGGCCAAUAAUACCAGAAGUGGUACUAGACGAAUCAUCUUUCAAACAAUUAGCAAGAAGCUUUCAUGUUAGAUUCAACCAAAUCUUAGCGAAGCUUCUUGACAUUGCUUGUGGAAGAGAUCCUCCACUCUUUUUCCUCACGACCAUCUCACUCUAUAUCCUAUCCAUCAUCGGGACAUAUUUCAACUUUGUGAAUUUUCUGUUCUUAGGGUUUGUAAGCAUGCACACCUUACCGGUUAUGUAUGAGAUGUACGAGGACGACGUGGAUAGAGUGGCGGGUAAAUGGAUGAGGAAGAUGAAAAAGCUGUACAAGAAAGUCGAUUCGAAUGUUCUUAGUAAAAUCCCAAGAGGAACUGUCAAGAACAAGAAAUUUACUUAAUUCUGAUCAUUGUUUACUUAUAGAGAUAAUAUGAUUGCUACUGUAUUUAUGCGACCUCAACCCAAAUUAAUAUACAUAUCUGUUACUGGUUUUGUUUUUA